CUCGGCAACCCCAACCGCCAUUUCUGAGGAUCGACAUGGCCGGUGCAGCCGAGGUUUACGACUACGCGGCCGCGUUGGCCGAGUUCGACGCUUCCCGCACCACCGUCCGGAGCCUCGUCGAGUCCGGGAUCGCCUCCGUGCCACCUCUCUUCAUCAGCACUACCAACUAUCCACCAACGGACAUCCUCGCCAUCCCAACCGUUGACCUCUCUCUCCCGCUCUCAUCCUUGACGCCGAUCGUCGGCGCCGCCGCGCAGACGUGCGGUUUCUUCCACGUCACCAACCACGGAAUCGAUGCCGGCGCCGCCGUGUCCUCCGUCCGGGCCUUCCACGAGCUGCCUCCCGCGGUCCGCUCCGCGUUCUACUCGGUCGCGGCCGUGGAGGGCAUGAGCUACUCUACCGUCCCCUACAUGGACCGCAACAGCUUCGACGGCCCUGGCCCCAUCCUCCCCUGGCGCGUAUCUCUCCGGGUUCUGCUGCAGGCGGCCGACAUCGGCCGUCUCCCCGCGGCAUGCCGGGACGCGCUGGUGGUGUACCUGCGGUGCAUCGAGGAGCUGGGGAAGAAGAUGGCCAGGCUGCUGUCCGAGGCGCUCGGCGUCGGCGCUGAGCGGCUGGAGACGGCGACGCAGGUGGAAGGUUGGCUCAUGGCGUGCAACUACUACCCGCCAUGCCCUGAGCCCGCGCGUGUGGAGGGCGCGGUUGAGCACACCGACCCCUCCCUCUUCACCGUUCUGGCACAGGACGGCAUUGGAGGGCUCCAGGUGCGCAUCAACGGCGGCGACAAUGACGGACAGUGGGUGGACGUGCCGCCGGUGCCGGGCGCACUUCUCGUCAACGUUGGGGACGUGCUCAAGCUUGUUUCCAACAACGAGUACCAUAGCGUGGGCCACAGGGUGAUGAUCAAGUCUAGCCAAGAUGCCAGGGCCUCCCUUGCGGUGUUCUUCAAUCCUGCCAUGAGCGGCGGCGACUCAAACUUGCUUGGUCCUCUCCAGGAGCUUAUCACAACAGAAAAGCCAGCAAUGUACCGGAGUUUCACCAUGACAGAGUUCAUGGAUUCCAGAAGGAAGUUUGGUCAUGGUAAGCUGUCGACAGACCAAUUCAGAGUCGCACUUGAAUGAAUCCUCCUGCCCAUAUACGUUAGGAGCUGGGACUUGACUUGAUGUUUGGGGCGGGUGUUCUACUGUCCAGAGUGGCAUUUUAAAAGAAUUUUUAAUGUACAGGGUGAUUGUAUAUGUGCAGGAAGAAAUAGCAUUGCCUCUUUGUUUCAUGUUUUGUGUAUAAGUGUUUUCCUCUUAGGAUUGAAGAUGAUGUGUUGAUUUUUUCUCCUACUAACAACAAUUACUAUUGCUAGGAGAGCCCGGAUUGUAACAACACUAUCCAGAAACAAAUU